CAUACUAAUUGUCAAAAUAUUUUAAAAACAACAGUUCCGUAUUAAAUAUAAUUAUUAUUUUUUGAAUGACUAACGGUUACACAAGUUUGAAAACAAAGUGAAUUGGAAAAUAAAGUGAAAAUAAUGUCGUUAUUUAAACGCAUUAAAAGGUCUUUGACUGGAUCGAAACGAACGAAUGAUAACAAAUCUUGUGUGGUGAUUAGUAACAAUAACGAAACUAUUACAAUGUUUGAUCCUCAAAAACCACCUCCUGUGAUUACUGAGCUUGAGGUUGAAAUUCUCAAAGACUGCUGGAAAAUAGUUAAACAGGAUGUUGCAAAAGUUGGGAUUAUUACGUUCGUCGGUCUGUUCGAGACCCAUCCAGACGUGCACGAUGCGUUCAUGUCAUUCCGGGCAGUUAACACAUCCGAUCUCGAAUACAACGCCAUUCUUCGUGCGCAUGCGCUAAGAGUAAUGGGAACAGUGGACAAGUGUAUUUAUAGACUUGACAACAGGGAAAAGUUCGAAGAACUUAUGACAGAAUUGGGAAUUCGUCACAAGAAUUAUUCCGUGAAAAUUGAAUUCAUUGAUUUGAUUGGUACCCAGUUUAUCAACUCAAUCAAGCCCCAUUUAGAAACAGUGUGGACAGGCCAACAUGAGAAAGCUUGGGAUCAUUUAUUCAUGCUCAUGUGCUACUACAUGAAGAAAGGAAUGUGUAAUACAUGAGGAACGUUUAACUCGUUGACAAAAGGAGUUUGUGAUAAAAAUGUAUUUUAAGCAGUAUUAUGCCACUGUGGACAAUAUACAUGCCGGAUAUAUUGUUUGGAAUCAACAUGAAAAUAAAUCUGAUGGAGAAUACGGUUUUAAAAUUGAAAUGUAUGACUUGUUCACUAGUGAAUAGGCAUAUGAAAUAAAAUUGAUACCUUCUAUGCAGAACACUUUGAAUACGAUAUUGUUUAUGUUAUAAAUUAUUUUGCAGAAAACAUUGAAAGUUUGUAAGUAAUACACGUCAUUCUUGAGUAUCCCUCGUAAGUGAUAAUAUAAACAUUUGCACAUUGUAGAUGUUUUUACCACACUGCAUACGUUAUCUAAUCUGCAAAGGCCUUUGUCAGUUGCAAAUGCUUGAAAACUUGGGAUAGUGUCAGACAUAUGCAGAUGAUGGAUGUGAUUGUGUUAUGUUAUGUAUAUAAACGUACAAACGCACUUAAUGUUGUGAUAAAGAUUUGGCCUCUUGGAAGACGUCUUAAGAUUGUCAUUGUAGUAUGAUGAACCCAAAACUACGUAAACAAUGUAACAUUUACUGCACACACAUACCGUGUUAAUGAAAUUAUACAAGAGAGCAUUUGAUCUAGUGAUUUAUUUUAGUCACGAGGGAAGUUGGUGCAGUUACUGUUAAAUCAUUGUAACUGUUACUGUUCUUUACCAGUUUGUCAAAGACAUUGCUGAAUUACUAGCGUGCGUAUAUAUGAAUACAGGUCAAAAUCAUCACAUUCAUAGUUGUAUCGCGGAUUAAGUCCACAGUCUUGUUACCGUUCAAAUAUGGGUGUAAAGAUAUCAUUGAAAAUAAAGAAGACAAUCUCAAACACUGGAAAAAAGCUGUCUUAGUAAUAUG